CACAGCUCCAGGUUGACAGCAUAUGUGGAAUGCAUAAGCCUAUGGUGUAUCUGAGUUAGCAAAUCUGUUCCUGGCCAGCUCCUCUUUGUGUGUUAGGGAGAGCUGGAGGCUUGUAAUUACUGAAGAGAAUGUUCUUUGUUAAGAUCUAAUAGUGUGCUCUAAGGUUGCCUGGAUCCCAGUGUGUAGCCCCACAAUCCAUUGACGUUACUGUCCCCCUAAAUCCACACCUCAAUUCUUAAAUUAAAGGUUUUUGGCACCUCACAGUGCAAAAUCUACCCAUUUGAGUCACAGAGUGGGCUGUCCAUUUCAGUAACAGGAAACUUGUUUGUUUUUGGAGCAUGGUCUGGUCUCCACUGAGGCCAGAAUAGAGGGAAUAGUUUAUUGUAUACAUCACAGGGGAAACAGACUAGGCAAUGGCUUGGUUACAAGUUGUUUAAUAUUAAGACAGUGAGCUGCAGGGGUUUCAGAAGAAGAAUCUGAUGGGACAGGGCGAGCGCCUUUCUGUGUAUUUCCCAGUCUGUUCAUUCAUUCAUGUGAAUGAAGGAAAACCAAAUUGGUGUGUGUACAGUUUGUGGAUGUUACUUUGAGCCACUGAAAUUUCUGAUAGGACAACUCUCUCCUGUUGGUAAGUGCAAUCCUGGUUGUCUCACUUCAGUCAAGUGAGAACUGAGACACAGGGCAUCUGGCUGUGGCUUGUGUGUCAGCGUCCAUCAGUCAGCAGCCAACAUUUUACACCGAGAAGAUCAUACAGUCAGUUAUUUAUGACAUUCCCUCUACCAGGACAGGACCUACUCUUUCUCAGUCAGUAUAGAAAUCAUCUUCCUGACCCUCCACAGCUGUAUGUGUGUCCAAUGAUGGAAUAUUUUCAUGAGGGUACAUUGACCUAUGAGGAUGUUCAUGUGAACUUCACUCCUGAAGAGUGGGCUUUGCUGAAUCCUUCCCAGAAGAGUCUCUAUGAAGAAAUGAUGCUGGAAACCUGCAGGAACCUCACUGCUAUAGGCUACAAAUGGGAAGACCAGAAUAUUGAAGAACAUCAUCCAAGUUCUAGAAGACAUGAAAGGUAUCUCAUCUGUCCUUCUGGCUACAAACUAUUUGAACAUAAGGGAUAUGGGAAGAAGCAAUGUACCUCUCUCUCUCCUACAACAGUUACAAGACAUGUUGGAGUGCCCACUAUGAGUAGACUUGGUGAAUGUGAUACAAGUUUACAAUUAAUUGGUUUUCCAACUACACUGGGAACACAUCAACAAACUCACACUGGAAAAAAGCCUUAUGAUUACAAGGAUUGUGGGAAUUCUUCUGUCUGUGUUUGUUCACUUUGCAAAUGUAGUGUGACUCACAGUAUAGAAAAAUGUUAUGCAUGCAAUCAGUGUGGUACAACUCUGAAUUCUUCCAGUUCUGUUCAGAAAUGUGAAAAAACUCAUAUGGAAAGAGGAAGUGAUAAAUGUGAAUCAUCUACUAAUGGCUUUAACCAUCACAGGAAUCUUCAAACACACAAAAGAACCCAUAAUGAAGAGGAUCUCUAUGAAUAUAAUCAACAUGAUAAAGACUUUAGAUUUGAUUCCUCUUUACAAUUACACCAAAGAACUCAUGUGGAAGUAGAACCCUAUCAAUAUAAUCAAGGUGCAAAAGACUUUGCACAUUUCACUGGUCUCCAGUAUCCUGAAAAUAUUCAUACUGUGACAAACCCUAUGUAUGUAAUCAAUGUGGUAAAACCUUUUCAAGUCACCAUUAUCUUAAAAUACAUGAAAGAAUUCACACUGGAAAGAAGCCCUGUAUAUGUAAUCAGUGUGGUAAAGCUUUUGUACAUUUAACUAGUCUUCAAAAUCAUGAAAAAACUCAUGCUGGGGAGAAACCCUAUAAAUGCAGUCAAUGUGGUAAGGCCUUUGUAUGUCACAGUAAUCUUAAGAUACAUGAAAGAAAUCACACUGGAGACAAACACUAUGUAUGUAAU